GAGACAGCUGGGUGGCAGGGAUAUGGGGGAAAGGAGAAGCCAUGUAAGAUCCUUGGCUUUUCUACACCAAUACAGAAACAAUUAGAUCCAAUAACUGGCACUUACUUCAAAUUUGCAACAGCACCCGUUAUUCGAGUAGGAAACCGUAGAGUUUAAUCAAAGAAUCAAAGCUGGAGUAAGGAACCAAAGCUCUAAAUCCACCAAAGUUCUGCACCAAGGUUAUUUCUAGGCGGGUUUGAUGUCAGGUAAGGGAGAAGCCAGACUUAGGAAGAUUUUAUCUUCAGCCGGGUGACUGAAAAAGUAAAUUAAUUGAUUGAAAACCAGUGUAUUAGUGCGUUUUGGGGGUUAGUGGUGCAGCAUGAGCGGAGGUCGGUUCGAGUUCGAUGACGGCGGAGCGUUCUGCGGGGGCUGGGAGGGGGGCAAGGCGCACGGCCACGGCAUCUGCACCGGCCCCAAGGGCCAGGGCGAGUACUCCGGCUCCUGGAACUACGGCUUCGAGGUGGUGGGGGUCUACACCUGGCCCAGCGGGAACACCUACGAGGGCUACUGGGCCCAGGGCAAGCGCCACGGCCUCGGGGUGGAGACCAAGGGACACUGGAUUUACAAGGGGGAAUGGACGCACGGAUUCAAGGGGAGGUACGGAGUGCGGGUGAGCCUGGGCAGCGGAGCCAAGUACGAGGGGACCUGGAAUAACGGGCUCCAGGACGGGUACGGGACCGAGACGUACGCGGAUGGAGGUACUUUCCAGGGUCAGUUCACUGGUGGGAUGCGACACGGCUAUGGAGUUCGCCAGAGUGUCCCCUACGGCAUGGCGGCGGUUGUACGCUCCCCUCUUCGUACCUCAUUGACUUCACUCCGUAGUGAGCACAGCAACGGCACUGUCCUGCAGCAAGACAUCCCCGUCAUCACCACCACUAACGCCUCAGGUGAAGAGACACCGGUGCCCACCCCUAACCAUCUGGGACCGUCCCGCGGAGGCUUUGCUCUCACUCUCCAGGUGGACCCUGACGCCGUGAGACCCAAGAAGAAAGGCUUGUUUCGCAGGGGCUCCCUGCUGGGAAAGCUGAAGAAGUCGGACUCAAGCACAUCACUAUCCAGCCAGAAGAGCAAGAUCAGUUUCCUUAGGACAGAAUCGGCUCUCAGUUCCAACGCCAGUGACACUAAUUCUACCAUCAGUGGGGAUGAGAGCCUCGCUGGAGUCGAGGAUUUUCCCCCGGUGGAGGCCGACAUCGAUGCCACUACCACAGAAGUCUACAUGGGUGAGUGGAAAAAUGACAAGCGCUCAGGAUAUGGAAUAAGUGAAAGGUCCAGCGGUCUGAAAUAUGAGGGCGAGUGGCUGAACAAUCAAAGACAUGGGUAUGGCUGCACCACGUUUGCUGAGGGUGGGAAAGAGGAAGGCAAGUACAUGAACAACAUGCUGGUUAAGGCCAUGAAGAAGAGAGUGAUCCAGCUGAAGGGAACCAAGAUCAAGCAGAAGGUGGAGCGGGCGGUGGAGGGAGCUCAGAGGGCUGCAGCCAUAGCCAAGCAGAAGGCAGAGAUUGCUGCUUCCAGGUCGGCCCAUGCCAAGGCCAAGUCAGACGCAGCAGAGCAGGCAGCUCACGCCUCCAACGGAGAGUCCAGCAUCGCCAGACUGGUGGCCAAAGAGCUGUCUCCGUCCUUCUACCAGCCAGGUCCUGAGUAUCUGAAGAAAAGAGUGUUACAGGAAGUUGUAGAUGACGGUGAAAACAUAGACACUGUGAUGCACGAGCCCCUCCUGGCGGACGAGGAGCCCCUGCCCACCCCCCCGGAGAGCCCACUUCUGAACGAACUGGACAGCCUCAUGCCCGGCUCCUCCCCGGUGCGCACCCCGUCCCCCAGCCCGGGCAUCAUCAGCAAGGACAACCCCAAACUCCUCGGCCCCAAAGGCUGGACGGAAGAUAAAUCCAGUAAAGGCAGCAGUAAACCUCACAGUGCACCCGGCAGCCGCUCCAUUACCCCUUCAACCUUCAUUGCAGCACCUGUCCCGGCUGUGCCUGAAGGAGGAGAGGCCCCUAGCAAUCGUGGUGGCCCUUCUCGCUCCCAAAGUCGUCAAAGCACCAAGAAUGAACAGGGUUCUGAGCUGGAGAUCAAGCCACUGCAGAAAUUUGGCUCUGAUGCAAAAGCUCCAGAUGUCAGCCCUGCUGCUGCUGCUACCCCUGUAAGGAACGGCCUCAUCUUGCCAGAUGAAGAACCACCCCGCCCUGCCCCCAGUGUGCCCUCUGCAACAAUUACUUCUGGGAUUAAAACUGAGAGAGCUCUUCUAGUCCCUGAACAAUCACCAUCCGUCUCUGAGAAAAAGGUGCAGUCGAGGGAGGGGAGUAGGCCGACCAGCAAAGCGGAAACAAGGCCGUUACCGAAACGACAAACCACUCCAGCUCCACCUCCCAAAGCUGCUGCCAGUCUUGAACCUACACCAGUCACAAAGCAAGUGGAAGCCAAGGUGGUGGCCACCAAACCAGCCCCAAAGGCCACGGUGUCAAGUCCCAGCAACGGGGCGAUGGCAGAGUCUUCGGAACUAGAGGGCCCAAACACCAUCAUAGCCUGCAUGGUGAUCCUGCUCAACAUCGGCCUGGCCAUUCUCUUCGUUCACAUCUUGUCAUGAGAUAUUCUCCACCACAUCAGGUCACCAGCAGUGUUGGAAAGGAGAAGACAUUGCUUGUCCACCAUGUGGCUCAGAGAUGAUGUUUGACGGGAGCUUCCUGCAGAUUUACCGCUGCAGGUUUACACUGGUGCAGCUUGCAGAAGCUCUGUGGAACUCCUUUCUUUCCACAGGUUAGAGAAACUGCAGGACCUUCAAUGACUGAAUCUUCUCAGUGCGUCGGAAUAUUAAUGUGUUGAAGAUGGUAAACCGAAUAGCACUUGAGAGUUCAGUUUUGUUACGUGUAUCACAAGUGUAUCCUCAUUCUUCAGUAUGGCUUUUAACCAAACCCUUAACUGGCUCAAACCAACUGGGUCUCACAACACUGAGUGGAUAGAAAAUUACCUCUUGUCACAAUUUAGGUAAGCACAGUUGAAUUUAUGUUGCUAGCAUACGUAGAUUGAAUUUUCUCACUUUGCCAGACGUAUUUAGUGUUUGGGAAUGGUAACUGUGUCUGCAGUGUCCAGUAUUAAACAGCUGAAAAAAAAUAUGUGCUAGAGAUAAUCCACCCAGCACUACUGUAAAAGCUCAUUAGUUUCAUCAUGUUGGUGUUCAUUUGCAUAAGAAUUACUCCAAAGUGUCAUAUGUUGCAUUUCUAGUAUUUAGGCCUGUAGCACCCUAUAAUGUAAUAAUUUCCUAUAAUGUAUAAUUUCCUGAAAAUGUAAUAACGCCUGAAAAUGUAAUAAAAUUUGCACUUAACUCAAUCGAAAAUUUAAUAAAAUCCAAUAAUGUAAUAACUUCACCAAUAAUGUAAUAAAAUAUCCAAACUGAUAUUGUAAUAACAUUUGUACCAAUAAUUAUUAUUACAUUAUUGGGAAUUUAUUACAUUUUCAGGUGGGUCUUUUUUUUUUCGAAAACUGAUAAUGUAAUACUUGACAAAUAAUGUCAUAUAUAUGUUCAUUUUCAGUCCAGAGUUCUACAUUUUGUGUUUUAAGUAUCUAAGAAUGUUAUAUACGCUGGAUUUGAAACACCAGAAUGAUUAUUGGGUUAAAUUACAGACUUUGAGUACCAUGUAAUAAAUUGCCAAUAACGUAAUAAGGUAUUACAUUAUCAGUAAAAAUGUUAUAACAAUAUCUGUCAGGAUAUUUUAUUACAUUAUUGGUGAAGUUAUUACAUUACUGGGUUUUAUUACAUUUUCUAUUGAGUUAAGUGCAAAUUUUAUUACAUUUUCAGGAAAUUAUUACAUAAUAGGACAUUAUUACAUUAUAGGGUGUUACAAGGCCCAGCUAAAUUUGUAUUUGAGACUGUGGUUUACAAUAUUUGAAGUCAUGUCUUUACAUGGGGAUUUAUGUGCAUGUAAUGUCUUUCUGUUGCUUUUCUUGUGGAAUGUGAAAAAGAAGAAGUUUAGGAAUGUCACUGCUAUUGCCAGUGUCGUUGCUGUUCCUGCGGUGUUAUGCAGUGAUAUGAAAUCAAAGAGAAUUGAUCUUGUCCGCAGCAGCCACUGUAUGUUGUCAUGAGAGAGCUUGAUUUGUAUUGAUAAAGCAGAUGGGUAUGUUGAAAUUAUGCAUUUUUCUAUGAGCUCCUGAAUCAUUUGAUAUUUCAAGUGACAGCUUAGAAAUGUGUCGACACUAUACUGCAUUAUAUUCGGGGCCUGUUGAGUUUUAAAGCAGAACUUUUGUACCCAUGAGAACACUCUGUAUGCAUGUCUGUUGUUUUGUACUUUUUGGAAGCACAACUUUUCUGCAAUAAGAAAAAUCAUGUCCAAAGAAAUACAACGUUGCAUCAUAAUGAGAUGGAGAAAAACUGAAUGAUUCUUAACUCCAUGUCUUACAGUGAGAAGAGAGAGAUUUUUAGAAGGGGAAAACAGAAGAAAUGGUUUUAAAUUGAAAUAAUUAUGCCUUAGUAUUUAUAAAGAGUAUUUAUAAGGGAAAUAAUAAAUAAAACCGCCAUGAUUAUAUACCUGCUAGUUUCUCAAAUUAACCAGUGCAUUGUUUGAACUGUCAGGUCAACAUGUAGUCUGUGUAUACUGGCCUGUAACCUGGAGGCUAUUUGUUUUAUUUUGGUAACGGAUUCAAGAACCACUGAAUUCUAAAUGUCAGCAAAAAUGGGAUUAUAAAGUUAAAAUUAAACCUUUACAAAAGUUGAGAA